UCCUGGCUACGCCUCGAGUGCCUCGAUCUCGGAACUAUUUAUUCCUGGCAGACACCGCCCACAAACACUUUUCAGGAUAUUGUAACCUUGCUAUCGUCUUGCCCUAAUCUCAGGAAGCUCGGUUUGGUAUUUGAUACCACAAUGAUCGAUCCGCCUACGACUGAGAAACCAGGAGGGGGAAUUUGCAAUGCAAAUAUCACUACCUUUUGGGUCGGGUGCUCUCUACUGCCAGUUGCGGCCGUGCUUUCGGCAAUCUUGCCGUGCUUGAGAAAGCUC